GCGUCCCUGGGCCCCGGCCUGCCCCGCCCCCGGCCGCUGCCCCGCCAGGAAGAGCGGCCCCCGCCGGCCCGCAGAGCAGAGCUGGGCUGGGCUGUCCCCGGGCGCAGGCACCAUGUGCGGAAUCUUUGCUUACCUAAACUACCAUGUUCCCCGGACCAGACGGGAGAUCCUGGAGACCCUUAUCAAAGGGCUUCAGAGAUUGGAGUACAGAGGAUAUGAUUCUGCAGGUGUGGGAAUCGAUGGAGGAAAUGACAAAGACUGGGAGGCUAAUGCCGGCAAAAUCCAAUUAAUCAAAAAGAAGGGGAAAGUGAAGGCUCUGGAUGAAGAGAUUAACAAACAACAGGAUAUGGACCUGGACAUUGAGUUUGAUGUACAUCUUGGCAUCGCACAUACCCGAUGGGCUACCCAUGGUGAGCCCAGUCCCGUCAAUAGCCACCCACAGCGCUCAGAUAAAAAUAAUGAAUUUAUUGUUAUCCACAAUGGCAUUAUAACCAACUACAAAGAUCUGAGAAAAUUUUUGGAAAGCAAAGGGUAUGAUUUUGAGUCUGAGACCGACACAGAAACCAUUGCCAAGCUUGUCAAGUACAUGUACGACAACCGCGAAAGUGACGACAUUAGCUUCACCACCUUGGUGGAGAGGGUUAUCCAGCAACUGGAAGGUGCUUUUGCCCUUGUGUUUAAAAGUGUCCAUUACCAUGGUCAAGCAGUUGGCACCAGACGAGGAAGCCCCCUGCUGAUUGGAGUUCGAAGUGAACACAAGCUCUCCACUGACCACAUUCCAAUACUGUACAGAACAGCUGUGCAAUCUAUGGAUCAUUCUGUUGGUGGAAUAUCCAUAGAAGCGGAGAAAGGUAAAGACAAGAAAGGAAGCUGCAGCCUCUCCCGUAUCGACAGCACCACCUGUCUUUUCCCUGUUGAAGAGAAAGCUGUGGAGUACUAUUUUGCUUCUGAUGCGAGUGCUGUCAUUGAGCACACCAACAGAGUGAUUUUCCUUGAAGACGAUGACGUAGCAGCUGUGGUGGACGGUCGUCUUUCUAUCCACCGGAUCAAACGCACAGCGGGCGACCACCCUGGGCGUGCAGUCCAGACGCUGCAGAUGGAACUUCAGCAGAUCAUGAAGGGUAAUUUCAGUUCAUUUAUGCAGAAGGAAAUUUUUGAGCAACCAGAAUCUGUUGUUAACACAAUGAGAGGAAGAGUCAACUUUGAUGACUACACUGUGAAUCUGGGCGGGUUGAAGGAUCACAUCAAGGAGAUUCAGCGGUGUCGGCGUUUAAUCCUGAUUGCUUGUGGGACAAGCUACCACGCCGGAGUUGCGACACGUCAAGUGCUAGAAGAAUUGACUGAAUUGCCUGUUAUGGUUGAACUAGCCAGUGACUUUUUGGACAGAAACACUCCAGUCUUCAGAGAUGACGUCUGCUUUUUUAUCAGCCAGUCAGGCGAGACAGCAGAUACUUUGAUGGGUCUUCGAUACUGUAAGGAAAGGGGAGCCCUCACUGUAGGAAUAACUAAUACUGUGGGCAGUUCCAUAUCCAGGGAGACAGACUGCGGUGUCCAUAUCAAUGCAGGACCAGAGAUUGGUGUGGCCAGCACAAAGGCCUACACUAGCCAGUUUGUUUCUCUGGUGAUGUUUGCCCUCAUGAUGUGUGAUGAUAGGAUUUCUAUGCAAGAAAGACGCAAAGAAAUCAUGCGGGGGCUGAAGGUCCUACCAGACUUGAUUAAAGAAGUGCUGAGCAUGGAUGAUGAGAUCCAGAAACUGGCAACAGAGCUUUACCAUCAGAAGUCGGUUUUGAUUAUGGGACGUGGCUAUCACUACGCUACAUGUCUUGAGGGAGCCUUGAAAAUAAAAGAAAUCACAUACAUGCACUCGGAAGGCAUAAUGGCUGGUGAGCUGAAGCAUGGUCCCCUCGCCCUGGUAGACAAAUUGAUGCCUGUUAUCAUGAUCAUCAUGAGGGACCAUACAUAUGCCAAGUGCCAGAAUGCUCUCCAACAGGUUAUAGCGCGGCAGGGGCGACCGGUAGUGAUUUGUGAUAAGGAAGACACAGAGACAAUUAAUAAUAAUAAGAGGACAAUCAAAGUUCCUCAUUCCGUGGACUGUCUGCAAGGAAUCUUGAGUGUCAUCCCUUUACAGCUUCUGGCUUUCCAUCUUGCAGUUCUCAGAGGAUAUGAUGUUGAUUUUCCAAGAAAUCUGGCCAAAUCUGUAACUGUAGAGUAAAAGUGCAUCUGAAUCUUAGGGGUAUGGGGAAGUAAAUGGAGAGACUUUUUGGGUACCAAAAAACCUUGAUUUUAAAGUCCCCUAGAUCAAAUAAUCUUUUGCUAAAUCAUUGUGUAUAAAAUCACCAUAAUUGUUACAUUAGUGAUUGUCAAAUUAACUCCAUAUGCCAUGUCAAUAGCUUUGUUUUGUUGAAAGGUGUUCACUAGGAGACUUGGUAAUCUUUUAAAGGAAGCAGUUUGCGGGGCUCUUUAAUACGAGAUAAUUUAGGUAUAAAUUAACCUCACUUUAGUCAAUUGCAUUAUCUCAGUAUCUGCAGUGCCUCUGCUAGUGAAGGUACGUGCCAACGUCUGACACUGAAAUCAGAGCUGUAAUAGGCCAUGAAUGAGCCUACAGAGAUUCAGACAUGAUGGUUUAGAAGAGAUUAGGUCAAAUUCUGCCCAGUUUAUAUAAAGGGAAAUCCAGUGACUAAUCAGAAUCUCUCCUUUUAUGUAAUUUGGUUAGCGUGCCUAAAAUUAGCCUCAGAAAGGAUCUGGUCUAUGCCAAAUGCCUAGCAACUGACAAUCCUGCAGAGGCUGGGCCAAAAUCUGCUGUUAAGACAACAUAACUAUGGAGUUGUUGCAGCUCAUUCUAAUGUGUAAGUGAGGGCAGCAUCUGACCCAAAAUAGAAGGAACACUGGCAAAGUUCAAAGGCCCAGUAUGUAAUACUUGCAAACAAUAUCAUCCCCUUGUUGUUGGGGGGGGAGAAGGAGAAAUCUAGUGCUCCCCCCUGAUCACUGCAACACUAAAGAGAAUCCUAGUUUAGGUUCUGGGUUUAUUGUGCUGCUGCUGUUAGCAAGCAUGAUUUGGAACAUAUACAAGAAUGCUGUUCUUAGAGCAAGUUUCUUGUAUAUUUCAAAAGCCUCCCUGCUUACUCCAUUCUAUGUGUGCUCAUGAAUGGAGGGAAUGGCACUACAUGUGACAGUGUCCCUUAACAAAGAUGUCAGUCCAUCAAGGAUAUUGACUGUUGGCCAGGAGAGUUGCAGGGAACAAAUGCGUGGCUUUCAUUUCUGCAGCUCACGGCUGCUGUUAAUUAGUGUGAGUGACAGCAAAUAGUUUCAGUGGCAUAUAUGGUUUGGGUUUGAGAAUGGGGUUAGACCAGGAAAAUUAACAAAGCUUCAUGCACAAGACUACAAACAAUAUUUUAAGUAGCUUGCAGAAGAUGUUAAACAGCAAAAGUCUCACAUUGCAAAAGGAUGAAUUUCAUAUGGUCAGUGGUGGGUUUGAAGUAAACAGCCAGAGUUAAGAACAUAGUACUGUAGGAUGUAAAGUGAAGCCUGGGGCUUAUUAAUGAAACAUGAAGGUCACUCUGCAAUAUUUAGGGAUUUUUUUCUUCUUCACAAAUGUAAUAUUUUGACCUUGUAGAAGUCUGCUUUACCAGAGAGACUGUCCAACACUAGGAUAAGAACUUGGCUCUCCGAGCGAGUAUGCUGUAGUCGAGUGCUGAAUUGCAUAAUCCAGGUUGACUCAGACAAUUGCUCACACAGGUUCAAAGGACUGUAGCUG